AUGAUUUCCACUCUCACUGCAGUUCGUCUCGUUCGACCAUGCCGCCAUGCUCUCCUGCAGCAGCACUUCAGGUCGCUCUCGAUAUCGACACACCCACGAUUCGGCUCGCUGCUUACUAGACCAUGGCAGCCCAGCUCAGGGAACCUUGCAUCGAAACUCCACCUGGUCUCACCCGUGCGGCGCCUGAGCACGACGCCCAUUUCACGCGACACGGAGAAGAAGCGUAACGAGGGGACCCAGGAAGAUGCGCCUCCAGCAGUGACAGUGCACGAAAACAUAUACACCAUCCCCAACCUUCUCACCGUCUCGCGCAUCCUCGCAUGCCCUGUCCUCGGCUGGUCCAUCGUCGACGGCAACUUCCACCUCGCGACUGGGCUGCUCGCGUACGCCGGCCUGUCCGAUCUGGUGGAUGGAUACCUCGCGCGGCGGUUCAACAUGCGCUCCGUGCUCGGCACGAUUCUCGACCCCGCAGCGGACAAGACGCUCAUGACGACGCUGACUAUCACGCUCGCUAUGAAGGGCUUGCUCCCAGUCCCGCUGGCGGUGAUCAUCAUAGGACGCGACGUCCUGCUCAGCCUCUCGGCGUUUUGGAUCCGCUAUACGUCUCUCCCUGUACCUAAAACGUUCUCGCGAUAUUGGGACUUCUCGAUACCCUCCGCCGAGGUCCGGCCGACGUUCAUAAGCAAGGUCAACACCGCGCUACAGCUGGGCUUGAUGGGCAUCACCACCGUCUCGCCCUUGCUUUCUGGGUACUGGCUCGGCCUGACCGAACUGCAGUGGAUGGUUGCAGCCACAACGAUCUGGAGCGGCCUUUCGUAUGUCUUUACAAAGGACGCGGUGCGCAUCAUAUCCAGCACCCGCAAGGAGCCUCCUCCCUCAUCAUAGCACUCGGUCAUUCCACGUUGAACACAGUGGUCGCGGACAACGUCGGGGAUUUUCUAGACAUUUCCAGGUAUCCAUGUUCUAUCAUUCUACAUAUCGAUACAACACAGCGGAUUACAGAAGAACGGUACUUUGGUAUUGCUAAUAUUAUCGGUCGAUUCAGAUGCAUAAGACCCGUUAGGAUGCGAGUGUCGAAAGCGAGGAGGAGAAAAGAAACGAGAGAAAAAGAAUAACAUAAAGGAAGAGAUCAGAAAACGUGUGAUUUAAUUGGCGCGACGACGACGGACGUCCUGCAGAGCGUCCGUUAUUGCCUGCCUGCAGGACCGGGCCUGACUCCAGGCUUCGCCGG